UGGAUUCAACGUGGCUGACUUUUUGGUUAGCAGCUGAGCUCUUAACCACUGUGAAACCAGAGCCUGCGUGCGUCGGGCAGGGUCGCCCACAGAACUCGUGGGCUUGCGGAUUCACUUUAAGCGCUCAGGCUGCACCGGUACUGGGCACCCACGCUCGGGCGGCCCACUGCCCUUCGCACUGCGGUCGAAGGGAGGGGCGACUACUUCCUGAAUCGUUGUCAAACCCUGAGCGGAGAGCCUGCGCUGCGCCACGAUGUCGGAGAGGUCAGCUCGGAGCCUGGCGAAAGGCAGCGAGCCCCCAGGGCCGGUCCCGGAGGGCCUGAUCCGCAUCUACAGCAUGAGGUUCUGCCCGUUCGCGAAGAGGACGCUCCUGGUCCUGAAAGCCAAGGGAAUCCGGCAUGAAGUCAUCAAUAUCAACCUGAAAAAUAAGCCUGAGUGGUUCUUUACAAAGAAUCCCUUAGGUCUGGUACCAGUUCUGGAAAACAGUCAGGGUCAACUGAUCUGUGAAUCUGCCAUCACUUGUGAGUACCUGGAUGAAGCAUAUCCAGGGAAGAAGCUGUGGCCAGAUGACCCCUAUAAGAAAGCUUGCCAGAAGAUGGACUUUGAGUUAUUUUCUGAGGUACCACGUUUGUUAAAAAGCAUUUUUAGCAGGCGAGAUAAGGAAGACUGCUCUGGCCUGAAGGAACAACUGUGUAAAGAAUUCAGCAAGCUAGAGGAGGUUCUGACCAAGAAGAAGACAACUUUCUUUGGUGGCUAUUCUGUUUCUAUGAUUGAUUACCUCAUCUGGCCCUGGUUUGAAUGGCUGCAAGCAAUGGAGUUAUCUGAGUGUGCAGACCACACUCCAAAACUUAAGCUCUGGAUGGCAGCCAUGUGGGAGGAUCCCACAGUAUCAGCCCUCCGCAUGGAUGUGAAGGCCUUCCAAGGUUUCUUUGCUCUCUACUCACAGAACAGCCUUGAGGCCUAUGACUAUGGGCUCUGAUGAAAGCAGGUUGUCAGCAAUAAUCUGUAUGAUCUUCACUAGAAGAUCCUAGAUAUGAAUAACAUGCUUCUAUUUUACCAUUGGAUCACCUUCUCUGACUUAUUUGACAUGGCCUGACUGUGGGGUCCCCUCAAAGCCUCCUGCAUUUCCAUUUCCAGUCUCAGGAUAUACUCAAUCACUUUAAGGGAUCUGCCAUCAUAGUCUAUGGGGAAAACCUCCAAAUUGGCUCUAGCUAGAUCUGGUCUUCAGUCUAGAUUUCUAACAGCCCAGAAGACAUUUCCACUUGGAUACCCUUCAAGAGAUGCCCCUGGAUUUCUUCCCUUUGAGCUUCUAAGUCCAGAAACUUUCAACUCCUCAUUCUUUCCAACACUGACUUAAUUUCACUCCUUCUUUUAUUCCCAUCGUCACCAGUGAAAACCAGACCUACAUCACCUCAAAGUUAGGUAACUGGGUGGCCCCCUGGUUGGUUCCCUAGUCUCCAAUCUCUUAACUCCUUUCAUAUCCUUCCUUCCAAACUCCAGGCUGUGCACAAAGCAGCUGUCCCAUUCAAAACCACACCAGUUGCCACUGAGUUGAUACCGACUCAUGGUGACCUCAUGUAUGCAAAGUAGCGCUACACUCCAUAGGGUUUUCAAGGCUGUGACCUUUUGGAAGCAGAUUGCCAGGCCUUUCUUUCAAGAUGCCUCUGGGUGGGUUUGAACCGCCAGACUUAAGCAAUCGUUUGAGCCACCCAGAGACUCCAGGUGUCCCAUAUACAUAAUUAAAUACUAUGAAGACUACAGCCAAUCCAGUGAUGGCUGGAUGAGUAAACAAGAUUACAGCCUUGGAAACCUCAUGGGGCAGCUGUACUCUGUCCUAUGGGGUAGCUUUAAGUUGGAAGCGAUUCUAUGGCAAUGGGUAUGGGUAAAGUAUCCCCACUCAAAAUUAUGCCAUCUUCCAUACAUUCUCCUAUUCCAUUUUUCACAAUUUCGUUUUUAUCAUCACAUCACCUCCAUGAGAAGGUAGGUCGGAGAGCCUCACCUCAUUCUACAGAUGAUGCAACCAAGGCCCCGAGGUUACGUGAAACCUUGAUGUGUUUACAGAACCUCUUACCAUCGUAGUUAAGGCGGCUGUACACUCGCCCCUCUAUGGUCUGGUUUCCCGUACUGAUUUCUGCAAAGUUUGCCAGAGAGGAAAACCUCUGGAUGAUUAGUUCUACAGUGAAGUGUGUAUAAAUAUCACUUAUGGCUCACCGCUGGACUUCUGAUUCAGUAUGUCUGGGGUGGGCUGAGAAGUCUGUAUUUGAAAUGAGGCCCACGCUUAUGCAGGCGCCUGGGGGCCGCAACCUGAGAGACUGCUGUGAAAAAAGGUUGACUUCACAAACGGCCUCCUGCCGCCUACCCACCCUCAGCUGCCAACAACGCCUAGGCUCCGGGCAGACCCAUCUCUGCCGUCGUCCGCCUGCAAACCCUACAGGCCCCGGUUGGCGCCCCGAGGCUAUUCUCCGGGCGGAUUUUCAAUCGGAUGUGAUCCCGGGUGCCGCGCGGCCACGGCCGACCACCACGAG